AUGAAGUUAAGCAUUUCAUUCACAAUGAAUAUUAUUGCUGCAUCAAGUCAGUUUCUGCACUGUUAUAUCACACCUCUUAGUGGUAUGCCUAGUUUUCAUUGUACUUUCAUUUAUGCCUUCAAUGAUCAUGGUAUGAGACAAGAAUUAUGGAGGGAUUUGAGUUUGCUUAACACUCAGGGGCCUUGGAUUCUUUGUGGGGAUUUCAAUUGUGUUAUGGCUGUGGAUGAAAGAAUAGGUUGUCCUGUUAGGCAUGCAGAGAUAGUUGAUAUUAACAAUUGUAUGCAUCUGUGUGGAAUGGAGGAUGUUAAGUGUGUAGGAAAUUUGUACACCUGGAACAAUAAACAGCAAGGGCAUGAUAGGGUUUUCUCAAAGCUUGAUAGAGUUUUAGCUAAUCAAUCAUGGAAGGGGUGUUAUCCAACAACAGAGGUGUGUUUUAUGCCUGAAGGCCAGUUUGAUCACUCACCUGGUCUAUUGACUAUAUAUCCUAGAAUUGGUGGGGGUAGGAAACCUUUUAAGUAUUUUACAAUGUGGAAGAGUUCUCCUGUUUUCAAUGAUACAAUUCAGGCAGCUUGGAAUACUCAAGUAAGUGGGAGCAAAAUGUUUAUGUUGGUUAGUAAACUGAAGUCAGUUAAGAUUGCUCUAAAAGAUCUUAACAAAAGUGGGUUUUCUGAUGUAUAA